AUGUAUGUGCUGCUUCAGCUAAUAGUUCUCGCAAGUGCACAACUCACAGACAACUCUGAAUUGCCUGUUAUACCCAGUCGCUCAAGCGUGGCCGAUGUCGAUCUUGGAAAGUUCGGUAUCAAUGACGAACAGAAACUGUUUCGGUAUUUGCUGCAGGGCUACGAUAAGGCUGUGCGGCCAGUUUUCAACGCCAGCGAUAUCGUCAAAGUGUACAUUGGCCUUACGUUAACACACAUCUUCAAUAUCGUGUUGGCGCUAAAUGUGUGGGUGGAGCAGUCCUGGCUCGACGAGAGAAUUCAAUGGGAACCGCAGAAAUUUGGGAAUCUUUCGAAACUUACUCUCCCUGUGAAACACGUUUGGACCCCCGAUAUUGUGUUGUAUAACAAUGCCCGUGAUUUCUCGAGAGGUUUCGUCGACACGAACCUUCAUGCAAAUUACUAUGGAGAAUGUGUAUGUGCAGAGCUCGCAGCCCUCCAAAUUUCGAAAGCUGUUGUUGUUCCUGUUGUUGUUGUUGAUGUUGUUGUUGUUGUUGUUGUUGUUGUUGUUGUUGUUGUUGCUGUUGUCGUUGUUUCCAUAUUUUCCAGUCCAGUAGCCCAACCCUUUGUUAUUCAGAUCCUGACAAUGAUGCAGUUUCUUUUGCCCUGUGAAAGCGGCGAGAAGGUCACUCUUGGGCUCACAGUGCUGCUUGCGUAUUCUGUAUUCAGUUUCAAUAUAGCCGAAAGUAUGCCUGAAACUUCAGAAGUGAUCCCACUCAUCGCUAUCUACUUAAUGGCAAUUAUGGGCAUAUCGGCCUUGUCGGUGAGCUUCUCGGUGUUCGUUUUGAAUCUACGUCACGGAGCCGAUUAUUCUGAAAGGUAG